AGUUUCUAUAUUUAAAAGGCUGCUUGUGUUUUAAACCAGCUGCAGGGGGCAUCAUUGGCUUUGCCCGCGGAGGUUCCCUAAUCUCUUCUUGAGCACACACACACACACACACGGGCUGUACACCCCCCUCCUCCUGCCAAACUCCAAGGCCGGGCAGCGUCGCCAUACGGAACAUCCUGCACUCAGCGGAGAGGGGGAGGAGAGAGGGUGCCUGAGCUGAGAGAGAAACGCACAGUGAGAGAGAGAGAGAGACGGGUCUGGCUUCUCCCCUGGCUCUUAAAUUAUCAGCACCAGAAAUUUGGACCAACUCGCCCGCGGAGCCGAGCAGAAAGGAGGCAGUCUGUUGCCUCGCCGGAGACCGGGACCAGCUGGAUUAAAGAGCCGGACGAGGAGGACUGAUGGUCGCGCAGACGCUCUGAAGUUGGACAGACUAUACCGAGGUUCCCAGGAGCAAAAACAGCAGGAACAGCAGCAGCAGCCUUCGCGCUCUCUCUUUCCUUCCCUCCCCCUCCCCCUUCUCCACCUUCCCGAACCCUCCCCUGGAAGGCAGCGGCGGCACCGGGAGGCUGUGCCCGCAGAAACACCGACCAUGAAGCUGCCUUGGCUGCUUGCGCUAGCCGCGCUGCUCGCUCACGCCGCCACGGCGCAGAAGUGGCCUCAACCCGCCGAUGAUGAAGGCUCGACGAGAGAUGACUUUUACGAUGACGAGGACCUCUACUCGGGCUCCGGCUCUGGCUCCUCUGACAUCGGCGUGAGGCCGACGACAGCAGGCGUGACCUUCACCACGGAGGAGCCCAUCCUCUUCUCUACCACCCAGGCGACAAGCCCCGCCCCCUCAGCCUCACCUGCGGCUGAGCCCAGCUCCAGCCCGGAGGAUGUCGUCUCCACCGUGUUCCCCACCGAGGCCGACGGAGAGAGCGGCAUCUACGUGGAGAUGGAGAGGGAAAAAGAGAGGGAACUGGAGAGAGAGAGACAGAUGGCAAGGGAAAGAGAAAGAGAGCGGAUCAGAGAGAUGGAAAGAGAGAGGGAACGGGAGAGAGAACAGGAGAGAGAGAGGGAGCGGGAGAGAGAGAGGGAGAGGCAGAGAGAGCGGGAGCUGGAGAGGCAGAGGGAGUUGGAGAGAAUCCGGUCGGCUCAGACCACCGCCGCCCCCCGCUCGCCCGCCGUCUUCCCCGUGUCCACCACCGGCCUGACGACCAGCGCCGUGGAGAGCGCAGGGCCCUCUGCUGGCUCAGACGACCUGCUCGGCCCGGACGAAGGCGAGGAGGACGUGUACCUGUCGCCGGAGCCCAGCUCGGUUUACCCCGGCUUCGACCUGGAAACCACCACAGAUUACGAUUACGACGCGCCCACAACAGCGGAGACCACACCCGAGCCCACGACAGCCGCACCCACCACCACAGCUGCGACCACCGCCAAGACCAGAGUCCCCCUCAGGCCCCGGGUCCCGGCAUCGAGGACCACUCAGGGCGUCCCGACGGAGAGAACGACCCGCCCACAGCCGCCCGCAACCACACAGGAGGGAAGCAACGAGGUGGGCGCCGCAGGCCCAACCGGAGACUCAGAGAUCAGCAAGAAUCGCCAGAAUAAUCUCGGCUUAAUGCCCGACUUCAGCGGGAACACGGUGGACAGUGGCAGCUCUGCUGCCCAGCUGCCACAGAAGAACAUCCUGGAGAGGAAAGAGGUCCUAAUAGCUGUGAUCGUGGGAGGCGUGGUGGGCGCCUUGUUCGCCGCCUUCCUGGUGAUGCUGCUGGUGUACAGGAUGAAGAAGAAGGACGAGGGCAGCUACACGCUGGAGGAACCCAAACAAGCCACGGUCACCUACCAGAAACCCGACAAGCAGGAGGAGUUUUACGCAUAACCCCUGGAUGCCAGGGAGUCGCACCUCACACCGGGCUGGGGGCGGGGGAGAAAGAGUGAGAGAAAAGUGAAAGAUACUCUAAAGCGCUCCCCCUCCUCCUCUUCCUCCUUCUUCUUCUUCUACUACUACUAUUACUCGCCCCUUCAUCCCGCUCCUCCCCUCUUAUCUCCAAAGCGUUGAGAGCGCCUUCUCUCUGGGGACUUUCUUUUCAAUGAAAACGACAAAAUAAGGACAAAAAAAGGACAGAAAAAUUCAAAUAUAUUCAGAAAAAAAGCAACAUACACACAAGAUGUUUUUAAAGUAACUGUUGUUGUUAAUAUUCUGCAGAUUCUCUUGUUCUGUAUGUAAGGAUAUGAUAAUUUUGUAAGAAAAAAAAAAAGAAGACAUUCUCCUAAUCUGUGUUUUCCAGCACAAGCAAACAAAAACCCACCCCCUCCAACCCCUUUCUGUUUUUAUGGAGCAAAUAAAAGAGAGAGGAGAGGAGGGGGGCGCUAAGAAGAGGAAGCCACGACUUAACAGAAGGUGGGGCCUGACGCUGCCCCUCGUUUCCCCUUCCCCUAAAACAAAAAAUAAAAAUCCCAAACACCGAGCGUCUGGUUGGCCGGGCAGAGUCCAGGGUCAAAGGUGAGAGGAAAGGUCUCUUUUGUGCCUUCCGUCCUUUUUUUUUUUUUUUUUUUUUGGUGCUCAAAUAUUCACACACUGACAUGAACACAGGCAUAUGCACACACACGUCUGCACACAGACACCGGAGUCUGCUGGAAGGUGGCUCUGACCUCUCGCUCGGCUCGGCCAACCAGAAAAUGCCGCGCCGUGUUUCAGUCACGUCGAGCUGUUAGCCCCUCUGCUCCUCUGGGCUGUACAAAGACUAGUUAUUGAUGGUAGUAAUAAUAAUAAUGAUCAAUAAUAUAUCAAUGCUUCAGGGCUGGAUGUUGAGGAAUUAUUGUGAUAAUUAUAAUAAUAAUAAUAAAGCGGUAACAAUAAUGAUGAUGAUAAAACUUAAACAGGAGGAUGUUGUAUUUAGCAUUUAAUGAAAAAAGAAAAAAAAACGUAUAUAUGUAAAUAUCAGCGUAUCCUUUCUGGCGUCACUAAUCAUCUGCAUGAUCCAUUUUUUGUUUUUUAAUCCAUCACGUUCAUCAUCACCUUAGACGAGCUGUGCUCUUGUCGCGUGCACGCACACACUCUGCACACACAGAUAAAAACUAGCUGCGCAUUAGAAACAGGCCACACAGACUUUGAAUCAUGUCAUCCGAACGCAUUUCAGAGCCACUGUUGUCGUCGUCGUGACAGAGCGAGGCCAGGUGGUGUUACUGAUCAGUUAUCAGUCGGUCUGGUUCGUUUUGUGUAUAAGCACAAUUACAGCGCCUUGCAAAAGUAUUCAUACCCCAUUCAAUGUUUUUCUGUUUUGUCAUUUUACACAGGCGAACUUCUCUGUACCUUACUAGGAUUUUAAUUCCAGAGCACUUUCUUUCUUUUUACUCUUCCUUCGGCAAUAGCUUUUUUUCUUGUCACUUUUCCAUAAAAGCUGUGUGAGAAGCUCCACUAAUUCUUUAUUUUUGACAGAUUCUCCUCUAGAGUCACCACAAGCCUCUUGGCUGCUUCCCCAAUUAAUGUUCUCGGCCAGUUGUGGUUGACCAUCCACUCCUAAAAUACACGAAAGUUUAUGGCAGUAACAUAGCAAACAAUUGUAAAAGUUUGAUGGAUGUGAAUAUUCUUACAAGGCGCUGUGCAUGUACAGUCUUCUGUGUCAUCCGGAAAACAUCUGCCCUCUCGAGCCGUCUGCAUGCCUCGCUUUUUUCUUUUGUUUUUGUCCCAUCCGCCGCUGAUCGGCUCUCGGUUUGAGGAUGGGAGAUGUUCAGAAGUUGCUCCCAUGUGCACUGAGUCAAAAAAAAAAACAAAAACAAAACAAAUUAUUACAUUUGUUGGUAAAUUUUUGUUAACGAGAGCAAAAGUGAUCAACCUUCACCCGCCGUGGGACCAUUUUGAGGGGCAGACGAUCGGGGAUCCCUACUGCGAUCUAAGAGAUUGUAACAAUAACCACACACCAGUGCGUCUGGGCUAGUAGCUUCUCUUAUACUCAGUACUGUAGAUUAAAAAAAAAUGCAUGGGAGUCAAAAUUAUACUUGUCUGACUGUAUGUGUGGAUUCCUGCGUGGGUGUGCGCGUGUGUGUAUAUUAAAAAUUAAAGAGGGGUGCGUUAAAGUUGGAAUGUACUGUGGUCGAGAGUGUGUUUACCUUCUCCAGCAGUUCUCACGCUCUUCCACAGACGGGUAGCACACCUCCUCCACUCCUGUGUGUUAAGUCACCUGCCACCCCACUUCACCAGUGUGUGUGUGUGUGUGUGUCUGCAUCUAAUCUGAACCCGCCACCUCGACUGUAAGUGUGCGUCACCUUGGUAUUUCACAGCAGCUCUUGUGUACAUGACACUAGCCUGUCCUGGUGUGUGUAUGUGUGUGGGGGUGUUUUGCAUGUGUUUCAUCUGCUCAUUGCUGAAUGUGGGGCCACUCGUUCCUCAAAGUGGCUCUCACACAUGCUGACUGUGUCUUCUCACUGUCUGUCUGGCUCGUCUACCUGUCCGUCCGCCGUGGGACGGCUGGACAGACGAGGCGCCACUUUGUCACAGGCAGGAAUGAUCUAAACACGUACUGUCUUUUCUAAAGUGACUGUCAAAAAAGUCGUGCGUUUGUACCCAUCUAAGCCUGCGUAGCCAAAUAAUAUGAGUGUGUGUGUGUGUGAGGGAGACUAGAGAUAUUUGUGUAUAUGUGAGUCUGAGUGCGGAUGUGCGGGUGUCUGUGUGAAGCCCAGUGGAGGCUACACUCUAUGUUUGCUGUUCCCAUUCCUGUUUUUAUACAUUUGCAUUUUUUUAAGGCUGAGUUUCUGUCAUUGGCUGAGUGAGCGAGAGGAGGCGGAUCCUCCACGCCACCGCCCUGUCACUAAUCUGCCACUCUGUUCCAAAUAAAAAACAACCUGAUUGGGUAAA